CCUCAAGCCGGAUUGCAAACACUAAACAGUCAGCACCCAAAGCUUAACCAAUCCUUUGUUUUGAAACAUAUGGUUAAGAAAAGAAAUAGAAUUAUAAUUCCUAUAAUGUAAAUAGUGUGACAAUGGGCAAUCAAUUUAAAAACGUGGCUAUCAUUGCCUGCUUAAAAUCUUUUCUAUUUAUUUUUAAUUUAAUAUUUUGGCUUACGGGCUUACUUAUACUGGUCGUGGGUCUUUGGGCGGAGUUUGACCUGUAUAAGUAUAUGGAAUUAUCGCCAGAUUUCUCCGGCACGGCUCCUCAUGUGAUAAUCGGAAUCUCUGGCCUCAUAGUCAUCAUCAGCUCUGUGGCGUUCUCCUGCAUUAUUAAAGGCCAGCCUGUCUUACUGUACAUUUACGGUGGUUUCUUAGUUUGUAUCUUCAUGAUGGAACUCGGCGUUUGUGCGUCGGUAGUGUGCUAUAAAGGUACAUUUUCGAAGGGUUUGCACGAUGGCCUGACACAGUCAGUGAAAAAUUAUGAUAGAGAAAAGGCUAAUUUCGACUUUGCCCAAACUACGUUACACUGCUGCGGGGUAUCCAACUACACGGACUGGAUGGUGAUGUCUCCGCAGCGCGUGAUCCCGACGUCUUGUUGCCUCGACACGAAUCACUGUGUUACCGCCAAUUACAACGACGUCUACCAAACGGGUUGCUACGAAGUCAUAAGUGAUUACCUAAGAAGGAACAUGAACAUACUGAUAGGCAUUGCCAUCGGAACGUCCGUUUUGCCCCUCGUUGGUGCUCUACUCUCAUGUUCAUUGGCAAGCUAUAUAAAGAAAUCGAAAUAUGAUAUCAUCAAUUAGCGGUCUCUGGCUCAAAUCGGACACGAUCUCAAUUUCUUCUUGACUGAAUGUUUAUCUUCUUUUUAAUAUUUUACUCUAAUCAUUAUCGUCUUUAAAAUUUUAAACUUUUAAAUGCGUAUUAUAAUCGCAAUUACUGUAUC